UGCCCCGGCGAGGCGGGGCCGGGCGGGAGCGGCCCGAGCGCGGCUCCGCUCGGCUCCUGUGCGGCUGCCGCGGAGCCGGGGCCCGCAGCGAUGGCGGCCGCGCUGGGGCCGUGGCUGCUGCCCUUGGCCUUGGCCUUGUGGCCGCCAGGGCUCUGGGCACAGCCGAGGCUGCAGGAGGCCGGCGGAGGGCUGCGAGCGCCCGGGGACUCCGUCACCCUCUCCUGCCGAGGAUCCGGCUUCACAUUUAGGAAUUCUGGAAUUUGGUGGUACCGUCAAGUACCCGGAGGCAGCCUGGAGUGGUUGUCCUUUAUCAGCUCCCCCUCGGGCACUACAGAGAAGUACGGGGCAGCAGUGAACGGUCGGGCCAAGAUUUCCCGGGACAAUUCCCGGUCCGAAGCUCAUGUCUCUUUGCGGUCCCUGCAAGUUCAGGACUCUGCCCGCUACUUCUGUGCUGUCCCACGCUGGAGAAGUUGUGGGAUAGAUAAGCUUCUAUUUGGACCAGGGACGACACUCACAGUUGUACCAAACACUCCAAAAACUUCUCUCCCUCAAGUCAUUGUGAUGAAAUCAAGGAAACUGAAAGAAGGUGGCAGCACUGGGAAAGCAGCUUGUUUGGCAAGGAACUUCCUUACAAAGAACAUCAGCUUGGAGAUGCCUGCUACAGAGGUCAUAUAUGAACAGAGCACAUCUAUUUUGACAUCAGAGGGGCUGUACAAUGCAAUUAAGGUGGUCAACGUGACACAAGACACAGAGGUGACCUGCACAGCCAAAUUUGCCAACAGCACAAUAACAUCACAGCCAGCUACAGAAGAGGAGGAUGAAGAAGCAGUAACAGAGGCCAGUAAGAGGGUCUGCAACAGCACAGACACCUCUGCACAAGAUCCUGAAGGGCAGAGAGUGAACAUGCUGUCCAUGGCUGUGUUGGGUUUGCGAGUCCUGCUGGCAAAGAGCAUCGCUUUCAAUGCCCUCAUGAGUAUCAAGUUGUUUCUUUUCUGAGUCAUGGAAAAUGAAGGCAAGAGGAACCCGAAGAAGAGCAGGAAAGAACGUGAACCAGCAGCACAAGGGGGUUGAACAAGCAGGGGCAGAGCAGCUGACAGAGACCAGCCAGGACACGAGGCAGCACCUUCCCCUCAAGACAUUGAAUCCUCUUCACUCCUGCCUGGCCAGCUGAUUUACACUGAAGAGUUUUAAGUGCUUUUGCUGUUUCCUCUCCUCUGAGAACAGAGGAGGGUGAAUUUAUCCUCAUCCUCCUGCUUAGCAGAUCUCCCCACUCUUCUGGCAUUUGUACACAAGUGUCCAACCUGCAUCAAUAGUUUUGAAAACUCCAGUGCUGACUCUAGACCUGUGGCCUUUCAAAAGCCCCUUUGCCAGGCAUGUUGUGUUACUGCCUCUAGAACUGGAGUAUUACUGCUGAGAGAAUUCAAGCCCUGGAGCUGCCAUUUCUGGCUCUGGGUUUUAGACAGAUUUAAUAACAUCAAGUGUGUAUUGCAGAUGAGAAGAACUGUGUAGGAUCUCAAGUGAUUUAAUUCAAGUAGAAAAUGUUCAUUUCUUUAUGAAGCCUCUAUUUCUUCUGCCAAAUGUAUCUCAUGUGCACUUCAGGUUCCUGUAGUAGUGAUGAAAAUAAAGUUGU